AUGUCUAGAUUCUUUAAAGCUGGGUCUGAUUCUGAGAGUGAAACUGAAUCAAGUGAAGAUGAUGAAUUAAUACAACAGAGGCCAUCUGCUGCCCCAGUUCCUAGCCGAACGUUCCAGUUUAGCGAUGAUGAAGAAGAUUCUAAGAGAAUUGUUCGUAGUGCUAAAGACAAAAGGUUUGAUGAAAUGACUAAUAUAAUAAAACAGAUGAAGAAUCAUAAAAAUAUUAAAGAUAUGGCCAAUGUACUGAGUGAUUUUGAAGCCCUGGUGAAGGCUUUUGAAAAAGCUAAGAAAGUUGUACAAGAGGAAGGUGUUCCUAGAUUUUUCAUCAAAUGUUUAUAUGAUCUAGAAGAAUAUGCAAAUGAGUGCUGGGAGGAUAAAGAAUGGAGGAAAUCAAUUAGCAAAAAUAAUUCUAAAAGUUUUACAUCAUUGAGACAGAAGUUAAAGAAAUUUAUUCGUGAAAGAUUUGAAAAAGAAGUAGCUGAAUAUAGAGAGAAUCCUGAUCAAGGAGAUGAUGACAAGAAAGAAGAAACGCCAGCUCCAGAAGAAUCUGAAGAGGAAGAAGUUAAAAAACCGGAGCCAGUUGUUACCAAACCAAAAUUACCAGCACCGCCAGUUCGUAAAGAUGAAGAUGAUGAUGAUGAGGAUGAUGAUGACAGUGAUUGGGGAAUGUCUGAUGAUUCUGUAGAGUCAGAGUCUGAUGAUGAACCAAUGGAAGUUGGUAAACUUACAGCAGAAUUCUUCUUGAAAAAAUCUGAUUCUGGAACAGCUAGAAAAGAAAAGAAGAAGAAAGAACCUAAGAAAGUGAAAUUAUUAGAGAGUGAUGAAGAAGGAGAUUGGGAAGAAGUUAGAGGUGGAGCUCCAUUGAUAAUGGAAAGACCCAAGAUGUUUGCUAAAGAUCAAGAUAUUACAGUUGAUGCUGUAAUGAAGAAAUUAUUUGAAAUAACUGCAGCUCGUGGUAAAAAAGGAACUGAUAGAAAUGAACAGAUUGAGUUAUUAAAGGAGUUGAGAGAGAUAGCUGUAACUAAUAAUCUAGGUCUAGGUGUAGAUGUUAAAUUAUAUUUUAAUAUUAUUGGUGCUAUCUUUGAUUACAAUCCAAAUACAUUGACAUCAAUGAGAAAUGAUGUAUGGGAAAGUUGUUUAGAGUAUAUAAAGACAUUAUUAAAUAUGUUAAUUGAUCAUCCUGAAGUAACAGUAGGAGAAGAUAUCAAAGAAGAUGAUGAAAAACUUCAAGAAGCUCCAUUUAUGAUUCGAGCAUGUUUUCUGACAUUGGUAGAGAAAAUGGAUGAAGAAUUUACUAAAAUGUUACAAGGAUGUGAUGCUCAUAGUACAGAAUAUGUAGAAAGAUUAAAAGAUGAAAGUCAAGUCUGUGAUAUUAUAGAAAAGACUUUACGAUAUUUAGAAAUAAAAGGAAAACCAAUGGAGAUAGCUCGUAUUUACCUCAAGAGAAUUGAACAUCUGUAUUAUAAGCAUGACAAUUCCAUUAAUCAAAAUCCUCGUCCAAAGCAUGGCAAAAUCAAGAGUAAAAGUUAUAUAGUAGAAGGAUCAUCUGAACAGAUAGUAGAUAAAUUAUGUAAAUAUCUCUAUACAGCUGAAACUAGUGACAGAUUACGUACUCGAGCUAUUCUAUGUCAUAUAUAUCAUCACGCCUUACAUAAUCGAUGGUUCCAAGCUCGUGAUUUAAUGUUGAUGUCACAUUUACAAGAUAAUAUUGGUCAUUCUGAUAUACCUACACAGUUACUAUAUAACCGAACAUUAGUACAACUUGGUUUAUGUGCUUUCCGUCAAGGUAAUAUAAGAGAUGCCCAUCAUGCACUAGUUGAUAUACAGUCUAGUAAUAGAGCUAAAGAAUUAUUAGCCCAGGGUUUAUUACCAAACCGUCAAAAUGAAAGAACACCAGAACAAGAGAAGAUAGAAAAGAGAAGACUAUUUCCUUAUCAUAUGCAUAUUAAUUUAGAAUUAUUAGAAUGUGUUUAUCUUGUUUCGGCUAUGUUAUUAGAAAUACCUUUCAUGGCAGCUCAUGAAAUGGAUGUGAGAAGACGUAUGAUCAGUAAAAAUUUUCACCAUGUUAUGAAGAUGAGUGAAAGACAGACAUUGAUAGGUCCACCAGAAAGUAUGAGAGAACAUGUAGUAGCUGCUAGUAAAGCUAUGAAAACUGGUGAUUGGAAAGCCUGUAAAAACUUUAUUGUUAAUGAUAAGAUGAAUGCUAAAGUAUGGGAUUUAUUUUAUCAACCUGAUAAAGUAAGAGAUAUGAUAACAGUGAAGAUACAAGAGGAAUCAUUACGUACCUAUCUAUUUACCUAUAGUAACGUAUAUGAUACUCUUAGUCUACAAACUCUAGCUGAUAUGUUUGAAUUAACUAUGCCAGUUGUUCACAGGAUCAUCAGUAAAAUGAUCAUUAAUGAAGAAUUGAUGGCAUCCCUGGCAGAGCCCACUCAAACAGUUAUCAUGCAUCGUACAGAGCCAAGUCGUCUACAGUCUCUAGCUCUACAGUUGUCUGAUAAAUUCUUGACAUUAGUGGAGAAUAAUGAACGUAUAUUAGAAGUCAAACAAGGAAUUUACCCCUUCCAAAAUAAACGUGAUCGAAAUGAUAGAAACCCAGCAACUAGUGCCGCUUUUCAACAUCACACUCAAGGUUUGUUUUUUUUUCUCGAUAUUUUGAAUUUAUUCUUUUGUAUUUAUGUGGAGCUUACCGAAAAACGCCAGUUUGAAAAAAAAUUAUCGUAUCCCUGCAUGAAUUAA